GAAAGGAGUCCAUUUUAGGGGAAAUGUGAACACCCCUUGUUACAUCUGACUCCAGUGAUAGAUGAAGUGUACCGGCAAUCAUGUCACAGAGGGUAUUGCUGAUUAAGCUGCUGUUGGUGCAUUAUGCAACCAAGAGUCAGCAGGAAAUGCAAACUGCAAACUGCGAUGAAGAUGUUAUUCUGAAGUGUGGGGGUCCAGGUGUGGGCACCGUGGAUUUCUUCUCUGUGGCAUGGUACAAGCUCAACAACAAGAAGAAGAAAAAUGGUAUAGUCAGGAAGGCUAACAAUAACGAUACCCCGCAGUACUACAGCUUCCCUCGUUCACCCCUACCCAUGUUUGGAGAGAAACACAGUUUGUUGCUCCCCAGUGUGACACCUGAAGACUCAGGCACCUACGAGUGUUCCAUCAGUGCAAACGUGGGGGGUCAAAAUCAGAAUCUUCAAGUCAACCUAACGGUUCACGCGUGUGCGACCCAGGCUGACCUGACAACAAUGACAGCCGUGUGGAACACGACUCAGUCCGAAGCAGCAUGCCACAAAGAAGCGUUGGACCUGCCGGUCAUGUGGAGCAUCAUAGGCUACCUGGCAGUGGGUCUCGGCAAGAUUGUCAUAUCUCUAAUCUGCAUUUGGGUCUUUGAAGCUGUUCGUAUGAGGUCUUCAAGACGAUGGCAGCAUUAGUGAUGAAGCUGACCUGUGAGAUCAUGUAAAUAGUGGACAAAUCUUCAAAAUCAGCUACAUAAGUGAUUUUAUUGUUGCAUUUCUUAUGCACUGUACUUCACUUGUUUUCAGAGAUUUAUUUUCUAGUAAAGCAGCCUCAGUUUGUAAAAAUGUGUCACUGCUGUACCAAACCACAUGUGACCUUUUUAUUGGCACGAUAAACCCACCAAGUAAAGUUUUUUCCCAUCUAAACAGGAACAGACAUGAGAAGUUGUGAUUUCUACAUUAAGAGGAACAAAAACCACUCGCACACACACCAUGUGCAUGCUUCUACAGGUGUAAACACCAUUUAUUGUAACAUAGCUGACAUUGUGAUAGGUAUAUUGUAAAAUGGAAUGUAUGUACAGGAAUUUGACUUCUGACAUGCUAACAGAGUUUAAAUGGCAAAACUCACCUAAUUAUUUCUGUUUUUAGGUGUGCUUUUAAUUACUAUGA